AUGUCGCGCUCCUGCUUCCUGUGCCUGGUGGAUGUUGUCCCAGUUCGCAGUGAGAAUGGUUCUGUCAUCAUGUUCAUCCUGAAUUUCGAGGUGAUGUUGGAGAAAUCGUUGCUGGAUUCCUUGGACCCAAACUGGAAUGACAAGCUCCUGUCUCCCUGGUUUGCUGCAGGUCACAGACGGGGCUUUAAGGUGCGAUUCCCAAACCUGGGCUCGGUGAGUGUGGGAAAGCUGACAUUGGCCCAGGAGGGAGCAGGCCUCGGCUUGUUGAACCUGUCCAGAGCAAGUUGUGAGUCUGUGGUCAUGGAGGGUCAGAGCCAGACCGAGGAGCUGCUGGCACUGGACCCUGAGGCUGAAGGAGGUACUGACCACUCCCCUGUCACACAGCGACUGAAGAAGCACCACUCCGACUCCAAUUCUAUUCUCAGUCCCAGUGCCACUCCAUCCCAGGAGAGCUCCUACAGCUUCCGUCGUGUCUCCUCACUCGAUGACUUGGAAACGACCAGGGAAGAUGGUGAUGGAAAGUUCCGGAGCCGGCACUCUAGCACAGGGGCAGUGAAUCAUGUGAUGGUCACCCCAAACCUGGUCAAUUCCACUUCGGACUCUGACCUGGCGAAAUAUCGAACCUUCAGCAAAAUCCCCCAAAUCACACUCAACUUUGUGGAUUUUAAAGGUGAGAACUUCAUCCUGUCUUCACCAGGAGAGAAAGAGAUUAUUGCUCCGACAAAAGUGAAGGACAGAUCCCACAACGUUACAGAGAAGGUGACCCAGGUACUGUCUCUUGGUGCUGAUGUCCUGCCUGAAUAUAAACUCCAAGCUCCACGAAUUCACAAAUGGACCUUUCUUCAUUACAGCCCAUUUAAGGCUGUCUGGGAUUGGCUGAUCCUGCUGCUUGUUAUUUACACAGCUAUCUUCACUCCAUAUUCUGCUGCCUUCCUCCUGAAUGACCAAGAGGAGGUGAAGCGCCGGGACUGUGGUUACUCUUGUAAUCCCCUCAAUGUGGUGGAUCUGAUUGUAGACAUCAUGUUCAUUAUUGAUAUUCUCAUCAACUUCCGUACCACCUAUGUGAACAGUAAUGACGAAGUGGUCAGCCAUCCUGCCAGUAUCGCCAUCCACUACUUCAAGGGCUGGUUCCUUAUUGACAUGGUCGCUGCUAUUCCCUUUGACCUGCUCAUCUUCCGCUCUGGGUCUGAUGAGUGUAAUCCUGAUGCCUGUGGAAUAAGGAAUUUCUGCGUCCUGGCCAUCAGGCCAUCCGUACACACGUACCUGCUGCAGGUGGGCAGCAUUUCUCAGCAAGGGGCAGUAGGCAGUCCCCGACGGGAAGCUCUGAGCCAAUCCCAGCGCAGGGACACCGGGUUCCCAGCCAAUCUCAGCACAGGGACACCGGGUUCCCAGCCAAUCCCAGCGCAGGGACAGCGGGUUCCCAGCCAAUCCCAGCGCAGGGACACGGGGUUCCCAGCCAAUCCCAGCGCUGGGACACUGGGUUCCCAGCCCAAUCCCAGCGCAGGGACACCGGGUUCCCAGCCAAUCCCCAGCGCAGGGACACUGGCUUCCCAGCCAAUCCCAGCUCAGGAACCUUGGGAUUCCAGCCAAUCCCAGCACAGGGACAUGGGGUUCCCAGCCAAUCCCAGCUCAGGGACACCGGGUUCCCAGCCAAUCCCAGCACAGGGACACCGGGUUCCAGCCAAUCCCAGCACAGGGACACCGGGUUCCAGCCAAUCCCAGCGCAGGGACACCGGGUUCCAGCCAAUCCCAGCACAGACCAACAUGAUUCCAAGCUCCAACUCCAGCAUUGAAUCUGAUGGACGAAUUCAUCGAUCCCGGAAACUGAAGCUGUCAUUCCGGAGACGGACAGAACAUGACAGUGAUGAGGCUAGACCAAUUUCCCCGCAAACCAAAAAGACAGAAGACAGCCUGGACCUGGGUGACUUGUUCGAACACAGACUGGAAAAUGAGCAGAGUAUGAUUUCCUCUGUUUCUCCGCUGAGCAGUGGAGAGCCGAGACCUGGAUCCUCCAACCUCACCGAAUAUUCACCAAUCAAGGCAGUGGCUGGGAACGCAGACUUCCCCAUUGUGCAUGGAAAGGACACAGACAGCGAUGGUAACAUGGGCAAUGGCUGUAACCCAGGGUCAGGGCCUUUUGCAAAUGUUUCCAACAUCUUCAGUUUCUGGGAGGACCCCCGUUCGCUCCCAUACCAGGAGCUGCACCAGAAAGCAGGGCCUACAACUCCUUCAACUGAAGACCCAGCAUCAGCACUGAGCAAGAAACACUGGACAGAGAUUGACUCUCGCCUGCAGCUGAUCCAGAAACAGUUAAAUAGACUGGAGUACCGCCUGACGACGGAUAUGAAUGUCAUGCUGCAGCUGGUACAGAGGCAGGUGGUGCUGAUCCCACCCGCGUACAGCACCGUCUCAGCUCACCCUGAGAGCCAGGACACCCCCAACGCGGGGGCUCACCCUCAGGACUCUGAUCUUUCAGCACUGCGGCCCGAACUGUUCCCACAGAGAUCGAGUCAUCCACUCUGCGACAGCACAGAGCUGGGGAGUGACACUUUGGGAUCUCCUGUGCAUCGGAAUACUGUGGGAAUGCUGAGGGAUGAGAGCGGCUGUGAAAUCCGAAGCUGGGAUGGGGUGCAGUCAGCUUAUUGGUCUGAUGGAGAUCGGCGCCUCUCUUUACCAGAACAGCUGAGGGCCCCAGGGCACAGACACAGCCGUCAGAGAUACUCAUCCAUCCCAGGAAGAUCAUGA